UAAGAAAUUUUAACUUCCUCUUUUAUUUUGGUCCCUCUCUGCCAUCAUGUAUAGCGACCCUUCUUGCUUAGGGACAGCCCCCCAAGAUUAGGCUCCUUCUUUGUAAUUCUAGUUAUUAGUGUAUGCAAAUUCAGGGAGUGCAAACUAAUUUCAACGUUGCCUAAAUAACCAUAGCUUUCUUUCCCAAGCUAAAAAAUGAUCAUUUUUCAAUCUAUUGGUAUACUUACCUAGUAACUGAGAGUCCACUGCUUCUUUGUAAUGAACUUUUUCUCCACAGCUUACAGCAGACAGGAAAGGCUGAGGGUCUUCAUGCUGCUCCCCUGACUCCCCUAGGAUGGAUGUGUGUGGCUGGAAAGAAAUGGAGGUUGCUCUGGUCAAUUUUGAUAACUCAGAUGAAAUCCAGGAAGAGCCAGGCUAUGCCACAGACUUUGACCCAACCAGCUCAAAAGGCAGGCCUGGGAGCAGCCCCUUCUCCAACUGGAAGAUUCUCAUCAGUGAUAGCACUAACCAUGAGACUGCCUUCUCCAAGCUUCCUGAAGACUACGUCAAUUCCCCAGGGCCUGAGCCAGUGGCCUUGAAUGAAGGAAACCAGCGAGUGAUAAUCAACAUUGCUGGGCUGAGGUUCGAGACCCAGCUCAGAACACUCAAUCAGUUCCCAGAGACCCUCCUGGGAGACCGUGAGAAAAGGAUGCAGUUCUUUGACUCCAUGAGAAAUGAGUAUUUCUUUGAUCGGAACCGGCCCAGUUUUGAUGGAAUCUUAUAUUAUUACCAAUCUGGUGGGAAAAUUCGACGCCCAGCCAAUGUCCCCAUUGAUGUUUUUGCUGAUGAGAUCUCCUUCUACGAGCUGGGUAGUGAGGCUAUGGACCAGUUUCGGGAGGAUGAGGGCUUCAUCAAAGAUCCUGAAAUACCACUCCCCACCAAUGACUUCCACCGGCAGUUCUGGCUCCUCUUUGAGUACCCUGAGAGCUCCAGUGCUGCCCGUGGUGUGGCUGUGGUCUCAGUGUUGGUUGUGGUCAUCUCCAUCACCAUCUUCUGCCUAGAGACAUUGCCAGAGUUCCGGGAGGACAGGGAGCUAAAAGUAGUCAGAGACCCCAGCCUCAAUACAAGCAAGACAGUCCUCUCCCAUACCAUGUUCACAGACCCUUUUUUCAUGGUGGAGUCCACCUGUAUCAUAUGGUUCACCUUCGAGCUGGUGCUCCGGUUUGUGGUCUGUCCCAGCAAGACAGACUUCUUCAGGAACAUCAUGAACAUCAUUGAUAUCAUAUCUAUCAUCCCCUACUUUGCAACUCUCAUCACAGAGCUGGUCCAGGAGACAGAGCCAACUGCCCAGCAGAACAUGUCCCUGGCCAUCCUGAGGAUCAUCCGGCUGGUGAGGGUCUUUCGCAUCUUCAAGCUCUCCCGCCACUCCAAGGGGCUGCAGAUCCUGGGACAGACACUGAAGGCUUCCAUGCGGGAGUUGGGGCUGCUCAUCUUCUUCUUGUUCAUUGGAGUCAUCCUCUUCUCCAGUGCAGUCUACUUUGCUGAGGUGGACGAGCCAGAGUCCCACUUCUCCAGCAUUCCUGAUGGCUUCUGGUGGGCAGUUGUCACCAUGACAACUGUGGGCUAUGGUGAUAUGUGUCCAACCACCCCAGGGGGGAAGAUUGUGGGCACUCUGUGUGCCAUCGCAGGGGUCCUCACCAUUGCCCUCCCUGUACCUGUCAUUGUCUCCAACUUCAACUACUUCUACCACAGGGAGACUGAAAAUGAGGAGAAACAAAACAUCCCAGGAGAAAUUGAUAAAAUCCUCAACAGUGUGGGCUCAAGAAUGGGCAGCACAGAUUCUCUUAGUAAGACCAACGGUGGCUGUUCUUCAGAGAAAUCCAGGAAGUGACCUGCCCACCAGUCCUGGGCUUCUUGGGUCCUUCUC